CGCCCCCCCAGCCCCAUAGAUCCCCCAUAUCAAUGCCGGGGUGGGGGGUCCCCAUCCCCCUCCCCACCGCGGGGUCCCCCCAUCCCGGGCCAUGGCUGUGCGCCGGGGUCCCCCCCCGCGUCCCCCCACAUGCAGGAGCUGCCCCCCGAGACGGGCGCCGAGCCCCCGGCCAGCACCCAGGGGAGCCCCGCGGGGGGGUCCCGCGCUCACGCGCGCCUUGUGGCCUCGCGCCUCUUCCGCCUCGACGGCGUCCGCAGGUCGGAGGUGGCCGCGUUCCUGCGCCGCGGGGACGGGUUCAGCGCGAUGGUGGCGCAGGAGUACCUGGAGUGGUUCCAGUUCGGGGGGCAGGCGCUGGACCAGGCGCUCAGGAGCUUCCUGCGGGCGCUGGCGCUGUCGGGGGAGACGCAGGAGCGGGAGCGCGUCCUCGGGCACUUCUCGCGGCGCUUCCACCGCUGCAACCCCGGAGCCUUCCCCUCGCCCGACGCGGUUCACUCGCUGACGUGUGCCCUGAUGCUGCUCAACACCGACCUCCACGGGCAGCGCCUCGGCCGCGCCAUGAGCAGCGCCCAGUUCGUGGCCAACCUGCGCGGGAUGAUGGACGGGCAGGACUUCCCCCGGCAGCAGCUCAAGGCUCUCUACAGCUCCAUCCGCCGGCAGAAGCUGCCGUGGGCAGUGGAUGACAAUGAGGAGGCGGCCCCCCCCGGCCCCGGGAAGAGCGAAUCCCGGCCGGAGCUGCCGGGGGGGGCCGAGGCCGUCACCCACCGGGGCUGGUUGGCCAGGAAGGUGCUGGCCGAGGCUGAUGGCAGGAAGACGCCGUGGGGCAGACGCGGCUGGAAGCGCUUCGAGGCGGUGCUGGAGGGGACCCUCCUGUACCUGCGCAAGGCGGGGGCCCCCCCCGAGGCGCCGCUGGGGGUGCACCACGCUCUGGCCGAGCGCGCCGCCGGUUACACCAAGCGCCCCGACGUGUUCCGCCUGCGCACGGCCGACGGGCGCCGCUUCCUCUUCCAAGCGCCGACGCCGCGGGAGAUGCUGUCCUGGAUUGCGCGGCUCAACCUGGCGGCCGCGCUCCUCUCGGCGCCGCCGUUCCCCGCCGCCGUCGGGUCCCAGCGCCGCCCCGCGCGGCCCGUGCUGCCCGCGGCGCUCAGCCGCAGCCCCCCGGAGGAGCAGCGCCGGAGCCACGCGGCGUGGAUGGAGCGGGUGGAGCAGGAGCUGCGGCAGCGGCAGCGCCUCGGCCCCGGCCCCGACCCGCGGCAGCACCGCCGGGACACGGAGCUGCUGCUGCACGAGCGCCGGCGCUACGAGACCUACGUGCGGGUGCUGGAGACGUGGCUCCGCGGCGGCGGCCGGGACCUGCCGCGCUGGGAGGCGGAGGCGGGGCCGGGGGCGGCCCCCCGGGACCCCCCCGCGCUGAGCAGGGCGCGCUCCAGCCCCUCGCUGGGCCCCGGCGCCGCCGCGCCCCCCCCCGCCCGCGUCCGCAGGAACGAGUCCGAGCGGCGAACGCUGCGGAGCUUCGUGCCCCAACGGCUGCGGGAGCGGCUGUGAGCGGGGGGGGCACGGGGGGACCCGACGCGGGACCGAGGGGGGGGGCACGGGGAGGGUGGGACCGGUACGAGCUGCCCUCGGGCACCACCAGCACUUGGCGGGGGGGAGCAACGUGGGAAACUCAGGGAGACCCCCCCGAAACGGGCCGGGGGUCACAGCCCCCCCCAGCGCCCCCCCCUUCCCCUCUCGGUGCUGCAAUAAAGGUUUUAUGGCCACCGUG